AAGGUGAAUGAGGGUGAGAAAAAAAUAAGUGCCCCAAAAGUUGGACAUCUAGCACCCAAAAUUGCCCAAGACGUUGGCAAGCCCUUAGGGGAGGAGCCCCUGGUUUUCUACUUGCACUUCAUUCAUACUCCCUUUCCAUCUCUCAAAUAUUCUCUCAGAAUUUCCCUUUGUACAACCCUUAUUCAUCCUUUCACAUACCUCUUCGCCCUUUCAUCAAACAGGUGGGGGACAUAAUACAAUUUCUUCCCCCUCCCCCCGAUAUAGCUGCUGUCCAAACCCUAGAACUACUCUUCUUCUUCUUCUUCUUCUUCAAUUGGCUGUUGGGUCUAAGACAUAAACUGAUUCGAUCUAUUGUGGGAUUAUACUGGGUAUGUUGUUUGUUAUUGCUUCCAAGUCAGUUGGAAAAUAAUGGAGAAAAAUCAAUUACAACUGGCCUUAAUCAGUCCUCCUACCACCUCCUUGUUCGACUCGCACAAGGAAAUCCUCUAUUGCCAAAUUGAUCAGCUCCAUAAUAUCGUCUUGCAACAAUGCGAGCUCACUGGCGUCAAUCCCCUCUCUCAAGAAAUGGCUGCUGGAGCUCUUUCAAUAAAAAUUGGCAAAAGGCCACGGGAUCUCCUAAACCCCAAGACAAUCAAGUAUAUGCAAUCUAUUUUUUCUGCAAAAGACGCAAUCAACAAGAAGGAAACCCGUGAAAUUAGUGCUCUUUUUGGUGUCACAGCCACACAGGUUCGGGACUUCUUUACAGCUCAGCGCACAAGAGUCAGAAGGUUCCUGAGGUUUUCUAGAGAGAAACCUAGCAUAUCCAAUGUAUCUAUUGAAGGGCCUUGCCCAAUUCCUUUGAGUUUUGACCCUAGUUCACAAACAGAGCCAGUUCCCUUAAACAGUGUGGAUCCAACCUGUACAGAGGAGGGGCCAUCUUGUUCUACACAAGAUGAGGUCCUAACUGGCAUAGAGGAGAGGGAUAGGCAUUUUGUUGAUAAUAUCCUUACUUUAAUGAGAAGGGAAGAAACCUUCUCUGGGCAGGUUAAAUUGAUGGACUGGAUCUUGGAAAUUCAAAACCCCUCUGUGCUAUAUUGGUUUUUAACUAAAGGGGGUGUAAUGAUCUUGGCUGCAUGGUUGGGUCAAGCAGCUGGAGAAGAGCAAACCAGCGUUCUUCAUAUCAUCCUGAAGGUACUAUGCCAUCUUCCUUUACACAAAGCAUUUCCUGUACAGAUGUCUACUAUACUGCAGAGUGUUAACAGCCUGCGAUUUUACCGCACUCCAGAUAUCUCAAACAGGGCAAGGAUUUUGCUUGCAAGAUGGAGCAAAAUGUUUGCAAAGAGCCAGGCUAUGAAGAAGCGCAACGGGAUUAAAUCAGCUACUGAUGUGCAGGAUGAGUUGUUAUUGCAACAGAGCAUUAGCGAAGUUGUGGGCGACGAAAUAUGGAACUCAAAAAUUGAGGACGUUGAAGAAGCUCAUGCAAACCUCUGUGGGACUUCGGAGAAUUCCAGGAAGUUGGAUUCUCCACUGCCAGUUAAAUUGCUUACGGCACCUCCAGAUGAUUCUAACAAGAGGCUGAAAGGAGCUUUGGUGUCUAAAACUCGAGAACGCAGAAAAGUUCAGCUAAUGGAACAACCAAGUCAAAGAACAGCGGGAAGGAGCAUAGGAAGACCAGCACCUGCAACUCAAGGUCGCCCACUUUCAGCAGAUGAUAUCCAAAAAGCAAAAAUGCGUGCUCAGUUUAUGCAGAGUAAAUAUGGGAAAGCUAAUAAUGAUGACAGUUCUCGGGUGAAGCCUCAGGCUCCAAAUGGAAUUACCUCUUCACCAGAUGAUAUCUUGCAUGGAGCUCCAAAAUUGCAAGAUCGGCCUAAAGUUGAUGAAUGUGAAAAGCCCAAUAGUGUUUCCUCUAAAGGGUCCAAUCAGCUGGAAAAUCAUCUAAAAUUGAGUUUUGAAGUAGAAGAACCUCUACCUAAAAGGUGCAAGAGAAUGCAAAUCCCUUGGCGGAAACCACCAGAGGUGCAGCUCAGCGAUACAUGGAAGGUUUGUGUUGGGAGUGAGAGUAAAGAAGUCGAUAUUCAGAAUAACAGAAUUCGUCGAGAGAGGGAAACCAUUUACAGGACAGUGCAGGAAAUUCCAUUGAACCCCAAGGAACCUUGGGACUGUGAAAUGGACCCGGAUGACACAUUAACCCCUGAAAUCCCUAUUGAGCAACUACCAGAUGCUGAUGGUGCUGAAACAGCUGGUAUGCAGUUGGAGGACAGUGGAACUGUAGCUGCAUUAGCCAGUAUGUCAAAUGGCAUUGCAACUACAGCAGUACCAGAUGUAGAGUUGCUUACUAUACUGCUAAAAAAUCCGGAGUUGGUUUAUGCUUUGACGUCUGGCCAAGGUGGAAAUUUAUCUAGUGAGCAAACUGUAAGGCUGCUUGAUUUGAUCAAAGCAAAUGGGAUGAAUGCACUGAUCGAUCAAACAAAUCUAGGCAGAGAUGCUGAGAAGAAAGUUGAAGUUUCUCUUCCAUCCCCCACUCCUUCCAGUGAUCCUGGAACGAGUGGAGCUACACUGCAGAACUUUGCUAAAAACCCUUUCUCGCAGAGAAGUUCAAUGGUGGUUCCACAAGCAAAUGGUGUACCCCAACAUACUGCGUUGGUCCAUUCACAUGAAAUGCUUCAAGCUAGCAGUGUGGUGCAUCAGCAAAUGCCCCUUGUGCCGCAAUUGGCCCAACAGUUGGCACUGCUUCAAGCAGCUGCAGGGUCUUAUGGAAAUGAUCAUCGACCAUCUCCAUUAAAUCCUAGUAUAAACCAUGCAAAUCCUGCACCAGCAGUAAAUAUUAGUAGUUACUCUCCCUUUGGGUUGACGGAAUACAAUUUACAGACUGCCACUGCAGCAGCAGCAGCCACAAGAAUCCCGGUUGAAACAUAUGGCAAUAUUAGAACUUCGCAAAUGCCCAUAGCUAAUGUACAACAAAGAGCUAUGAGCCUACAUACACCACCAAUGCAGCAAUUACAAACACAGUCGCAGCCACAGAUGUGGGGGGCUAUGCCGGGAACUGCUUUAAAUCGGGGUUAUCAAGAAAAUUCCAUUCCUAACCAUUAUAAUCCACAUGUGGCCGCGCAUGUAGAACCUGGAUUACAACAGGCUGCAUGGAGAGGAAACAACUAUGUGGAGGAAGCUGGAUUUGAAUCAUGGAGUCCUGAUAAUAGUCCUGUUAGGCGUCAAGAUCAGGUAGCAAGAUGGAAUUACCAAGAACCUGGGAUGAAUAUGAGAGACAACAACUACAGACCUGAUUGGUCUACAUCGCGUAAUCCUGGUCAUUUUUCUGGUUGCCGUGGUCCUCCUGACAAUUGUGGAUAUAAGAGGUGGAGAAGAUAACCUUCGAACGGGUGGCCAUUUGAUUCUUUUGACAACAGAUUCGUUAGUGUUUACAGUAGAGUAGAAUGUUCUCAGCGAGCGUUUGCAUUUUGCAACGUGAGAUAGUAGUAAAUUUGUAAUGUCAACAUGUUACAUUGCUUUAUUCUGUUUCCCAAUUGACACCCGUCAAAAUAGAAAAUAGGAGCUAAGAAUCUAUGUCAAAAAGAAAAAAAGAAGAAGAUAUUUAUCCUAUCUUGGACUUAACUUCGUCGAUUGAGUCCUUACUUGAAAUGCUGUUGUAUCGAGCCUUAGAAAAUUGAAAAAUAUGUACUCCCUCCGUUUCAUGUA